GUCAGCUUUACAUUUUCCCACUACCUCCUUCUUUUAUUUUCAGUAGCCCUCAAACUCAAUUCUUCUUGUAUUUUUAUGCUUCAACCGCCAUAGCCCAUAAGCCACAACUCUAAAAUUUCUGAAUUUCCCUUGCAAAACCAAUCUUUUCCUAAUUAAGUUUGGUUAUUUCCUUCUACUUGAUUUUCCUUAAAUUUAGGGUAUUUCAAUACAUCAAAUUGAAGAAGUCAAGUUUAAUUACAAUUUUUGUUUGCCUUUCCUAACAAAUUGAGAUUAUGAGACCUUCAAAAAAGCCUAAAAAGAAAAAUGUUUAUGAGCCUCGUAUGCCAGGUGUGCUUUAUGCAGGGAAAUCUGAUUCGGGUCGAGGUCCAACUGUAUUGAGUAGAGUGAUACGUGGAAGGAAUAAGGGUAAAGUACAAGAAGUUCAAUGGAAUACUAAAGGACAACCGAUUGGACCUAAUAGCAAAAAGAUGAUGAGUUAUUGGGGUUCAAUUGUGAAGCAAAAUGUUCCAAUCACUUACAAUAAGUGGCCUGAAGUACCUCAACGUCUAACAGAUGCAUUAUUUGAAGAGCUUAUGGUGAGCUUCAUUUUUCUAAAUUAGUUCUUUUGGAGCGCUUGUUGUAUCUACUUUUAGUUUGAUGUACCUUAACAUUAAAUCAUGUACAUAUGUCACUCUUUUUGGUAGAUAACAUUCACUGUAGAGCAUAAUAGGAAGGGAUAUUUUAUAGAGGCUGGAGAUUAUAGUUGGAAGAACUUUAAGUCAGAGCUAACUAGAAAUUGGUUAUAUGAUCCUGAAAAACAACUACGUGAAAUCCCCCCCAAAAAAUUUUGCUUCAUUGAUAAAUCAGAUUGGAGAGAAUUUGUAAAAAGUCGCCUCGAUCCAAAGUUCCAGGAGUUAAGGGAAGCUAAUCGAAAGCGCGCAACAAAAACUAAUCUAUACCCUCAAAAGUACUCUUGAUUGGGUUAUGCACGACUUGAAGUUGAUGUGAUUAAACGGUUGGAAAAGAAAGGUAUUUUCAUCACUGAAUUAGAUCGCGCAACCUUAUGGAAAUUUAUGAGGUGCGAUGAAGAUGAGAAUGUCAUCGACGAACAAGCAAAAGAAGUUAUUGGUCUUAUUGGCAACCUUAAAAAUCAAUCAUCUCAAGGAGAAAUAGAGAUUUCUGGUCGUGAUGAUAUACUAAAAAAGGCGUUAAAUAAGGAAGAGCAUGGUGGUCGCGUCAGAGGUGUCGGUGGAGGGUCGAGAAUUUCAACAUGUUUCGGAAAAUGGGCUACUAAGAUGGAUUGCUCGGAGCUUUCAAAAGCCAUGGAAUCUUGUAUCAAAGCCAUGGAGCUUGAAAUUCAGGAAUGGAAAAAGAAACAACAAGGGAAUGUAGAACCUUCUACACACAACAAUACUACUGAAUUAGAGCCGAAUAAUGGUGAAACUGAAAUUCCUGAGGGUAUUACAAAUUGUCAAUUGGCCUUGUCCGAACCUAGUUAUCGGAUUGUUGCUACUGGACAAGUGCAUAAUAUCGGUACAACCAUGCACACACAACAAUUACGGCCAGGAUAUGUGAGAGUAAUGGUUAUAAAUUCUGUUGAAGAAUGCACAACCCUUCCCGUACCUAUUCCAGGUGAAGCAACUGUAAUUAGUGAAGCAAAACAAACUUUUGUCUUAUCCAAAGAACUUAUCAUUCUUGAUCAAUCGGUUGAUUUAUCCAAGAAAAAGGAUAAAGUUGUUGAAUUAGAAAAUUCAUCAAAUAUCCAAUGUAAUAAUGAAGAAAUUGAUUUGACUAGCAAGAAGAGUGGAAAAGUUGCUUCUUUAAAAGUGAAAACGUUAGAGGUUCCGUUGAAGCCAUUGGAGGAAGUAGGGUCAUCUUCAGUUGUUUCACCUCAAAACUCUUCUAAUGGCUAUCCAAAUAAAGAAGCUCUUAAUGUAGAAAUGCUCCCUUCAAUCCUUCAACUCUUCUAUAGAUAUGUCUCUAGAAUGUCGAGUGAUCAACAAGUAAUGAUACCGAUUAACAUAGAAUUACGAAAUACGCUUGGAGAAUGUCAUAUUCGCAAGGAACAAUUUCUUCAAUUCUUAGCUCAAGAAAAGAUUGUUGUCGUACAUAUCUUGAUUUAUAUGUCAUUGAAAAACCAAGAGCUUAAAUAUAAAAACGUCCAUCAAUUUGGGUUUUUAUGUCCAUCAAGAAUCUCCCUUGUUACAACGAAGUUUAAAGACUUCAAAAUGACUCAACACAACCAAAGGACUCGCUCAGAAUACAUUUUAAAUGUAUUAAACCUUGAAGCAAACAAAGGGAAGGUCUUCUUGGCACCUUAUAAUGUCGGGCUUCAUUGGAUAUUGUGUGUGAUUGAUCCAUAUGAUGAUGUGGUAUAUUAUCUUGACUCAUUACAACAAAGCCCAAUUACACGAGUAGAUUUACUUGAAGUGGUUGAAACGGCACUUCUCUUAUUUCGAAGCCAAAAAGAGAUUUCCAAAAAGAUGAAACAGACCACUAAAUGGAUAAAAAUACAGUGUCCUAACCAAUCAAACUAUAUUGAUUGUGGCUAUUAUGUAAUGAGAUACAUCAAAGAGAUAAUUGACCACAAAGAAACCAAAAUUCCAGAAACUUAUUAUGCAGGACAUAUUUAUCCAACUUAUACUAAGGAGCUAAUAGAUGAAGUGAGAGUUGAAUGGGUGAACCACUUGUUGCCUUACCUAUGAUAGAUUUUUAUAUUUUGUUACAAAUUGUAAUAUCAUUAGUUAUCAAAGAAUUUUGAAAUGUAUGAUAUUUGAUUUUAAUUAAUACUUUGGAUAUAUUUAUUAUGAUUUUGGUUUUUUGGUUUAUUUCUGGACUGAUCAUUAUGGUAUCAAUUUAUAAUGGUUAUGACAAGUAAUUAAAGGAGGGAGAACUGAUAGGAAUCAACUCUGCUUUCAAUAGCUGUUGUUCAUUAUCGUUAAGUUAUGGAAUUAAAA